GCGGCGGCAGCCAGGAGCGCACGGACGGACGGCCGCGCGGCCCGAGCUAGGCGGGCGCCGCCGCGAUGCUGCGAGGCCAGCGGCGCGGGCAGCUGGACUGGCAUCACCCAGCCUCGGGGCUAGGAGGUCUGGUGGCUUCGUUGAUGCUGGCCUGUGCCUGCGCCUCAUCUUGUCGGGAGGUCUGCUGUCCCGUGGGCCCCUCGGGGCUGCGCUGCACCAGGGCAGGGACCCUGGAUACCCUCCAAGGCCUGCGGGGCGCCGGGAACCUGACGGAGCUCUACGUGGAAAACCAGCAGCAUCUGGAACGCCUGGAGUCUGGGGACCUGCAGGGCCUGGGGGAGUUGAGAAGCCUAACCAUCGUGAAGAGUGGCCUCCGCUUUGUGGCCCCAGAUGCCUUUCAUUUCACCCCUCGGCUCAGUCACCUGAAUCUGUCCUCCAAUGCUUUGGAGUCCCUCUCCUGGAAAACUGUGCAGGGCCUCUCCCUACAGGACCUGACCCUGUCAGGGAACCCACUGCACUGUUCCUGUGCCCUGUUGUGGCUCCAGCGCUGGGAGCAGGAGGGACUGUGUGGUGUGUAUACACAGAAGCUUCAUGCCUCUGGGCCCAGAGACCAGUUCCUCCCAUUGGGACACAACAGCAGUUGUGGUGUACCCUCAGUGGAGAUCCAGAUGCCCAAUGACUCUGUGGAAGUGGGGGAUGACGUAUUUCUGCAGUGCCAGGUGGAGGGGCAGGCCCUGCAGCAGGCUGGCUGGAUCCUCACAGAGCUGGAGGGGACAGUCACGAUGAAGAAAUCUGGAGAUCUGCCAUCCCUGGGGCUAACUCUGGUCAAUGUCACCAGUGAUCUCAACAAGAAGAAUGUGACGUGCUGGGCAGAGAAUGAUGUGGGCCGGGCCGAGGUCUCUGUCCAAGUCAGCGUCUCCUUCCCUGCCAGUGUGCACCUGGGCUUAGCCGUGGAGCAGCAUCACUGGUGCAUCCCCUUCUCCGUGGACGGGCAGCCGGCGCCGUCUCUGCGCUGGCUGUUCAAUGGUUCUGUGCUCAACGAGACCAGCUUCAUUUUCACUCAGUUCCUGGAGUCGGCGCUGACUAAUGAGACCGUGCGGCAUGGCUGCCUUCGCCUCAACCAGCCCACGCAUGUCAACAAUGGGAACUACACCCUGCUGGCUGCCAACCCCUAUGGCCAGGCUGCUGCCUCCGUCAUGGCUGCCUUUAUGGACAACCCGUUUGAGUUCAACCCCGAGGACCCCAUCCCUGUCUCCUUCUCGCCAGUGGACACUAACAGCACGUCAAGAGACCCAGUGGAGAAGAAAGAUGAAACCCCUUUUGGGGUCUCUGUGGCCGUGGGUCUAGCCAUCUCUGCUGCCCUCUUCCUUUCCGCCCUCCUCCUCGUGCUCAACAAAUGUGGACAGAGGAGCAAAUUUGGGAUCAACCGCCCUGCUGUGCUGGCUCCAGAGGAUGGGCUGGCCAUGUCCCUACACUUCAUGACACUGGGUGGCAGUUCUCUUUCCCCUACUGAGGGCAAAGGCUCUGGACUCCAGGGCCACAUCAUGGAGAAUCCCCAGUACUUCAGUGAUACCUGUGUCCAUCACAUCAAGCGCCAGGACAUCAUUCUCAAGUGGGAGCUAGGGGAGGGAGCCUUUGGAAAGGUCUUUCUUGCUGAGUGCUACAACCUUCUGAAUGAUCAGGACAAGACGCUGGUGGCUGUCAAGGCACUGAAGGAGGCAUCAGAGAACGCUCGUCAGGACUUUCAGCGUGAGGCGGAGCUGCUCACCAUGCUACAGCACCAGCACAUCGUGCGCUUCUUUGGAGUCUGCACCGAGGGUGGCCCAUUGCUCAUGGUCUUCGAGUACAUGCGCCAUGGGGACCUCAACCGUUUCCUCCGGUCCCACGGACCUGAUGCAAAGCUGCUGGCUGGUGGUGAGGAUGUGGCUCCUGGUCCUCUGGGCCUUGGGCAGCUUCUGGCUGUGGCUAGCCAGGUGGCUGCCGGUAUGGUAUACUUAGCCAGCCUGCACUUUGUGCACCGGGACCUGGCCACACGCAACUGUCUGGUGGGUCAGGGACUAGUGGUCAAGAUUGGAGACUUUGGCAUGAGCAGGGACAUCUACAGCACAGACUACUACCGCGUGGGAGGUAGGACCAUGCUGCCCAUCCGCUGGAUGCCACCCGAGAGCAUCCUCUACCGCAAGUUCAGCACCGAGAGUGAUGUGUGGAGCUUUGGGGUGGUGCUCUGGGAGAUCUUCACCUAUGGAAAGCAGCCCUGGUACCAACUCUCCAACACUGAGGCGAUCGAGUGCAUCACUCAGGGCCGGGAGCUGGAGCGGCCGCGCGCCUGCCCUCCUGAUGUCUACGCCAUCAUGCGCGGCUGCUGGCAGCGUGAACCGCAGCAGCGCCUCAGCAUGAAGGAUGUGCACGCGCGUCUGCAGGCCCUGGCACAGGCGCCACCCAGUUACCUGGACGUUCUGGGCUAGGAGCCGAGUCUGGGUGUCAGGCCGCCCUGAGCUCCCUCAGCGCCCAGCUGCUACAACACUCAAGUCUCUUACCCUCAGCAUGUGGAGGGGACCGGCAGACGGGGAGUGGAGAGUGGCCUUGCUUCAUGGCCAGCAUCCAUCAUAAUAGCAAUUAUAUUUAUUAUCCCUG